AGAAUUAGUAGUCCAAGACUUGCAAGGGUUAGGAAAUUAUGUUCACCACCUGGCACCUGCUCGAUAGAAUGCCCCAACGAACCUCCACAGUCCGCUGCCAGCCUCUGUUUUUUAUUUUUAUUCUUUAUUUUUUUUAAAUUUAAAUUUUAUAGCCUAGGAAAGAGGACGUCGUUUCGGCCCAGGUUUUUUCCAUUUCUGUCUAAUUGCUCCUCAAGUCCUAAGCCCAAGGUCCCCAACCUCCACCUGCUGCCGUCGUCCGGAAGCUGGUGUGCCUCCGCCACUUUUAUCAAAUCUCUCCAUUCAAGAAGAAGAUAUACAGGAAUGAGGGUGGAUUGUUUGAGAGAAGAAAAUUGUGGAUCAUAUUUUAGUUUUCGACAGACCAAAAGGAGCUACAACGCUAGAGAGAGAUGUGGAGGCGCGUAGCUUCAGUUUCUCAUCUGUUUUCUCAUUCGAAAUCAACCAAAUUUAACCAGGGAGCAAGCACAUUCAAGAUUUGGGAAACAUUUACCUCAGAAUCAGAGAUACCAACUCCGUCGAAAGGUUCUCCGUUCAUAACUUUUGUUUUAGGUGGCCCUGGCAGUGGAAAAGGUACUCAGUGUGCAAAGAUAGUUGAGGCGUUUGGGUUCACUCAUGUAAGUGCAGGAGAUUUGUUGAGGAGGGAAAUAGCUUCCGGUAGCGCGUAUGGCUCUGUGAUUCUUAGUACAAUUAGAGAAGGAAAAAUAGUACCCUCUCAAGUGACAGUCGAACUCAUUCAAAAGGAGAUGGAAUCAAAUGACAAUUAUAAGUUUCUGAUUGAUGGGUUCCCUCGAAGCGAGGAGAACCGCAAGGCAUUUGAACAAACUAUUGGCGCAGAACCGGAUGUUGUGCUUUUCUUUGACUGUCCUGAACAAGAGAUGGUGAAGCGAGUACUAAAUCGUAAUCAGGGCCGAGUUGAUGAUAAUAUUGACACAAUCAAGAAACGCCUUGAAAUAUUCGAUGAAUUAAAUUGGCCUGUUAUCAAUUACUACUCACAGAGGGGAAAACUUCACAAGAUCAAUGCAGUGGGAACAGUCGAUGAAAUAUUUGAAAAAGUUAGACCAAUUUUUGCUCCAUUGAGCACAAACUUUUAUAUGAAAUGAAAACGCGGAGAACAGCCAAAAAGACAAAUGAACGUUUGAGUGAAAAAUAACAGAGCAUGUAAGAUCAUCUGGUUUUCAAUUAAAGUACUCUGUCUUCUCUCUUUGGCAAAGAUCACUGCGAAGAGUGGAAGUUUGUACCGAAAGAAGCAUCGUGAAGUCUAAAGCAAUGAAUUAUCAGAUGGGUUAAUUUUUUUUCUACCCUGAUUAUUGCACUAGAUGAUGCAUGUACCCAGCUUAAGCUGGAAGGAAAACUACGCAGCAUAACUGGUUCGUUUCAAUGUAGAAGAGUUUGAAUUUAUGUUAAUAUUUUGUGGCAUCCACAGAAAAGGAAAAAAGAAAUUUAUCCUUACUCUAUUGAAUUCAAGAUUUGCAAUUGGGCUUUUUUGGCCUACGUCUA